GGAUAGAACAAUAAUUAUGUCUCAACCACACUUUUCCAUUCAACAGCAUUUUUCUUCUCUUCCAAAAAUUUCCAAAAAAAAAAAAAAAAAACUUGUUAUUAUGGCCAUUUCAUCAUGUUCUUCAGAUUGGUCUCUAACAAACACUAGAUGUUACACAAGAACAACAUUAAACUUGCAUGCAUUCAUCAUACCUAUGUGUCAUUUCCCAUCUUUUAGUUCAAUUUCAAAUUCCAAUCCAAAGUUUUUUCAUGCAAAUUUUUCAGCUUCUUCUCAUACCCCCAUUUUAGAAGAACCUUCUUCCAACACCCCCUUGAUUCAUCAUUUAGAUGUUAACUUUACUGAUUCUGAAAAAUAUUCUAAGCCAGAAAAUGGUCAGAAUUUGAAUGAUUUUUUAUGUGGGUUGUUUGAGGAUUCAAAAAAAGAUGAACUUGCUUUUGAUUACUAUCAAAGACUCAAAGAAAGACCAGAGUUUAGACCAAAGAAAUCAACUUUAAAUUAUGUGAUAAGGUACUUGUUGAGAUUCAAGAAAUGGGAAUUUAUGUUGCAAGUUUCUGAAGAUUUUAAGGUUUAUCAUGUUUUCCCUGAUUUUGCUACUUGUUAUAGGUUGAUUAGUUUUUGUAUUAAGAAUAGAAAAUUCAAGAUUGCUGAGACACUUGUUGAUGCUUUUAGUUCUAAUAGUGAAAUUGGUGUUGUGGCUUUUGGUUCUGCUUUUGGAAGUUAUAAUAAGCUUCAUAUGUUUAGGAAAAGUGUUUCGGUUUAUGAAAAAAUGAAAUCAAGUAGUGUUGUUAUGGAUUCAAGAUGCUAUUUACAUGUUAUGGAAGCUUAUUUGAGACUUGAUAACUGUGAGAAAGUUGUUGAAUUGUUUAGUGAGUUUGAAAGUAGGAAAUUAAGUGAUUCUAAAAGAUAUUUAGGUCAAAUUUAUCGUGUUUUAUGCGAAUCAUUAGGGAAAUCUAGAAGGGCUUUUGAAGCAUUAGAGUACUUUAGAGAGAUGGAAAAGAAAGGGGUUUCUGAGUACUCUAUUUACUCGACAUUGAUAUGUUCUUUUGCGAGAUUGUGCGAGGUAAAAGUUGUUGAGCAACUUGUAACCGAAGCUAAAAGCAAAACGACGAUUAGGGAUCCCGAUGUGUAUUUAAAGCUAGUGAUAAUGUAUGUUGAGGAAGGUUUAUUGGAGAAGACUUUGGAAGUUGCUGAGGCGAUGAAGGAUGCCGAUGUCAAGGUUUCAGAUUGCGUUUUAUGUGCUAUUAUCAAUGGUUUUAGCAAAAGAAGAGGGUUUUCGUCUUCGGUUAACGUUUACGAGAAGUUGAUUUUGAAAGGGUAUGAACCUGGUCAAGUCACGUACGCUUCGAUAAUAAAUGCCUAUUGCCGUCUCGGACAACACAUCAAAGCGGAAAAAGUUUUCGCCGAGAUGAUGCAAAAGGGGUUGGAUAAAUGUGUUGUGGCUUAUUCAAGCAUGAUUGUGAUGUAUGGAAAAACUAACAGGUUGAAAAAUGCAAUGAAGUUGGUUGCUAAGAUGAAAGAAAAAGGGUGCAAACCAAAUGUAUGGAUUUACAAUUCCUUGAUUAACAUGCAUGGAAAAGAGAAGGAUUUGAAGCAGAUUGAGAAAUUGUGGAAAGAAAUGAAGAGAAGAAAAGUUGAACCUGAUAAGAUUACUUACACUAGCAUCAUUGGUGCUUAUUGUAAAGCAAAAGAGUUUGAUAAAUGUAUUAAACUUUAUAAUGAGUAUAGAAUCAAUAAGGGUGGGAUUGAUAAAGCUAUGGCAGGUACAAUGGUCGGUGUGUAUUCGAAAGUCGGUAUGGUUGAUGAAUUGGUGAAACUUUUACAAGACAUGAAAAUUGAAGGACAAAGAUUGGAUCAAAGGCUAUACCAGUCUGCAUGGAAUGCUUUUACUGAAGCUGGAAUGCAAUUACAAACACAAUGGAUGAAAGAGAGUUUUCAUGUAUCAUAAGUGUACUUUUUCAAUUGCAUACUGUGGAAAAAUCUGAAGCUGAGAUGUUUUAAACCUGUGAGUAGAUUAAUACUCGAACUGGUUAAUGAAAUCGUAGGGUUGUAUCAAUCUGGUCCCUCACAUUAUCGAUAUUUUAAAAUGAUCUCUAAAAUUGCUAAAUUUUAGUCAAAUUCGUCCCUCUAAUGACGUUAAGUUGGUAAUAUCGGUGAUGAAUUUGAAACUAAGUGAAUGACGUCAAGGAUGCAUUUGAUAACAUAUUUAGAUAGAGGGACCGACUUGAUUAACAUUUUGAAAUUCGGAAUAUUGAUAAUGUGGAUGACUAGGUUGAUACAACCCUGCUAUUUCAUCGACAACUUCGGAUUACUCUCUUAAGUAAUUUGAUACUUUAUCAAAUGAAAGAAGAAGAAAAAAAGAGAUAUACACAAUGCAUAAUGUAUAGAUUUGGGGGCUAAAAAGCUCUUGUUUGUAAAAUUUGGCAAUGUGCCUUUGUGAUCCUAUUCAUAUGCUUCAAAGUUGUAAUUAAGUACCUUGCUUCAAUUGUGACUUAUAUAAUCCAAGUGAAAGGCCAUUAAUUUAGUAGUGGCAGUGGAUGGAA